GGAGUAUAUCCAUGUAGCCGUCGGAUCUCCUCCAGUGCGCGCCUCGCUCGAUCCCUCCUCCUCCUCCUCCUCCUCCUGCCUGGGCACAGCCUCCUGCUUUUUCUUACAUGACAGUCAGAGCCUGAAUCGGAUCCCACAGGUGUGUCCAUGCAAACUGAGACACACACACACACACACCCACACUCACACACACCUGGAGAUGACCAUGUGACUCGGCACCUGGGCGUGGAGAAAGUCCCUGAUACCGUGAACCAGAGUCUCUUUUGUUGAGGACUUGUCCGUAUCGCGUUCCAACAAGGACUUGACAAUUCGGUUCAAACCCAGAGUAGCGUGUGGUUCCUCCGGGAUAGUGCCUUUUUUCCCGACUCCCUCACAGGGCGUGUUGAGGAGAGUAAAAUGUGAACUUGCUCUCGGACUUGUAUUUUUUUUUUUAAUCACUUCUCCGGGGGACGUGUUUCUUCAGAGUCCGGACUCAACUAAACUCCUCUCUUCGCUCCCGGUUUCCUCCAAGAGCCUAGGCCCUUAAUGAAGCUGGGGGUCAGCGGCAGUGUGCGGCUAAUUGGCCAAGUUUGCCCGGGGCUCCGGCUGCCUGUGAUUGAAGUGUCCAUAGAGGGCCCACUGUGCAGGCGCCUCUGCACCCUGCUCCGUUCCACUCCAACAGCCAAGACGCUCGCUGCACCCUUGUCUGCCUCUCCCUAAGAUGGCAAGCUGGGUCUCCCUCCUCCUCCUCUUCCUCUGCCAGUCAAUCUCACAAGCUCAGGAGGAGAGCGGCAGCGUCCUGGAGUUCACCUCUGAGACCCCCAUCAACAAUGUGGUCCAGGACCCCCAGACUGGCCGCAUCUACCUGGGAGCGGUCAACACCAUCUUCCAGCUGGGGCCAUCGCUGCAACUGGAGGCCCGUGCCGAGACCGGCCCUAAAGAGGAUGCGCGGAUGUGUACGCCUCCCGCUUCGGCCUGCCAGGACACAAAGCUCAUGCCCAAUCUCAACAAGCUCCUGCUGGUCCACCCGUCCAACAGCUCGCUUAUAGUCUGUGGCAGCCGCUACCGAGGCAUCUGCUCGCUCCUCAACCUGACCAACGUGGAGCAGCAGCUGUACUACAGUGACAAUAAAGGAGAGAGGACUUACGUGACGAGCAUAGAGGAUAACGUGAACGUGGUGGGCGUCAUGUCCAUCUACAAAAAAGACGCAGACAGAUUUAGCGUGUUUCUUGUUGGGAAAGGCUAUGGAAGCCUGGACAGCACAAAACUCAUCAGCACGCGGAUCCUUCAGGACUACCGGGAGUGGGUCGUGUUUGAGAGCAUCAUUGAGGCGUCUGCGGUACAGACUACGCCAUUCGUCCCCAAGUACCUGCACGACUUCCGCCAUGCCUUCAAAGAGGAUGGGUUUGUUUAUUUCCUCUUUUCGCGGACACUUGACGGUACAGACAAUAAAAACUUGACCUUUGUGUCUCGUCUUUGCGAAGACGACCCUCACUAUUACUCCCACACAGAGCUCCAGUUAAACUGUGGCUUAAAUAACCGCUACAACAAAGUCCAAGCUGCGUAUGUGGCCUCUCCCGGCAAAGAGCUGGCGCGCGUCAUGACUGUCAACUCCUGGAACAAAGUCCUGUUCAUGGUGGCGAGUAUGGACGACAACGAAAACGAAUCUGCCCUCUGCAUGUACCCACUCAACUCCAUCAAUGAGCGGCUCGUGGAUAUUAUCAGCGCCUGCUACAGUGAUUCAGGGAAAAUUUCUGGGAUCCCCGCUGUGGACAUCCCCUACUCAUCUAAAACUGAUGAAUUCUGCACGUCAAAAAUUGCAAAAGACACGUUGAAAAACUUCAAGUGCGGUGCCGACUUUCUGCCUUCCCCUCUGGCCAGCAAGCCCAAAUAUGCCUUGACGGUAAGCCCAGUGUUGACCGAGUCAAGCCUUCUGACCGCUGUGGCCGUCGCUGUGGAGAAUGAUCAUACCGUCGCCUUCCUGGGGAACAACCAGGGAGAGGUCUUCAAGGCACACCUGACCGCGGCGUCACCUGUGUACAGCAAGACUCCCGGCGACACCAUGGGAGAGAAGGUCAACAAGAACCUUUUCUUUGACCUCAGUCAAAGCCACCUUUACAUUACCACUGAGAAAAAGAUCACCAAGGUGCCAGUGCAGACGUGCCUCCAACAGAAAGACUGCCAAUCAUGUGUGGAAAUGAUGGACCCUUACUGUGGCUGGUGUGUCCUGGAGGGCCGGUGUACCAGGAGGUCUGAGUGCCGGCGGGCAGAGGAGAAGAAUGGCUGGCUGUGGAGCCCUAGGCAGCAGUGUGUCAAGAUUGUCUCCUUCUAUCCCCCGAACCUCUCCUGCAAAAAGACUCAGAAGGUGAGGAUAAACAUCCCCUCCCUGCCGAACAUCGGACUCUCCGAUCGUCUGCACUGCACCAUCGAGUCUUUCAAGAGUGAAGGAAGCAUGUCGGAAACUGGUCAGGUCUCCUGCGAUCUGCCCCAACCCUCGCUUAUACCACAAACACCUGAGGGCCAAGACUUUGUUGCCGUGGACAUUACGGUGUUCGUCAAUGAGACUGUGGAGCUUUCUACACGGGAGUUCAAGUUCUACAGCUGUGCCGCCACAGUGAGAAAAUCAGAAAACACACCAUGCAUGUCAUGCGUGGCUAGUCAGUGGGGCUGCCAGUGGAGCGUCUUGGACCACACCUGCAGCGACAUGGACGACAGCGUGGUGGGCACCAACAUCAUCAAGCACCGCCAGGGAGCGAAGUGUCCUCAGUUUGAGAAUCCGGAUCCUGUGCUGGUUCCCGUCGGCUACAAGACGAAGAUCAGCUUCGAGGGGAUCAAUCUGAAGCUCUACAAGGUUCUCCAUGGUCGUGCAUUCACCAUCGGCACUGAGCUCAUGAAGAAUGUGGAGGAAGAGGUCAACCUUGAAGAAGGGCAGUUCUAUACCUUCAGUGGCUUCAAUUUUUCCUACAAUAAGUCACCGGAGACCAAUGUUCUAUUCUACGUGAAGGACAAGGAGUCAGGCAAGAAGAUGGACAGCACGCUGAACGUCACCCUUUACAACUGCUCCAUGGGGAGGGCGGACUGCAGCCUCUGUAAGAACGCAGACCCAAAGUACAGCUGCGUGUGGUGCGCCAAGCAGAAGGCAUGUGUGUACGAGAAGCUGUGCAGUGCACAUCAAGGCUCUGAGGAACCCCACAUCAUGGAAUGCCCCGACCCCCAGAUCACCGAUAUCAUCCCUCGUUUCGGACCCAUGCUGGGAGGCAUCUCCAUCACCAUCCGUGGCACCAACCUUGGCAUCCAGAGGGAAGACAUUAAAAACAUCACUGUGGUCGGACAGCCCUGCAUCCAUCAGCAGGAGAAGUACUCUGUCUCCACGAGCGUGGUGUGUGAGAUUGGCCCUCUUGACCACAUGAUACAACACUGGGGCCAUGUGGAGGUGGAGGUGGAGGGGGGGAAGAGAGGAACGUCCUCCCUGGUCUUCACCUACAGGGACCCGAUUCCAGAGGCGGUGGCGCCGACCAGAGGUCCUAAAGCGGGCGGCACCCUCAUUAAGAUUACUGGCCACUUUCUUGACACUGGCAGUAAGGAUGACGUCCGGGUUACCAUUGGAGGGGUGGACUGCGCUGUGGAGCAUUUCGGAGAAGAGAUCACCUGCAGGACAGGAGAAUAUCGAGCAGAUAAGGUGCCCUCCGACCCGCUCACCAUCAUAGUGAAGUACGGAAAGACCACCACAGCAUCCAUUCCCAAUGCCUUCCAGUUCUUGGAAAAUCCCAUCGUGCUGGACCAUCAACCCAAAGGAAGCUUUGUCUGUGGAGGCAGGAACAUUGUGGUGACCGGAUCUGGUUUUGACCUGAUCCAGACUGCCGUGCUGAUGGUCACUGGAGACAACUCAACAGCUUUGGAGAACGCCCGCGAAAAGAACGACACGGUCAUCCAGUUUCAAUCUCCAACGGUGAACGCCUCCCUGAACCAGCCCUUUAAAACCUCCAUUAAACUGGACAACUGGGAGAGGGAGCUGAAGCCCUUUGACUACCACCCCGACCCCUCCUUCAACGAACUGACGAAGAAGGUCAUCACCGAGGCCAGCAUCAUCAUCGUCACGGGUCGCGGAUUCUCCAAAGCUAUGACGGCCAAAGAGGCUCAGGCGUUUGUUGGCGAUGUUUCCUGUCUGGUCAACACACUUCAGGACGAUAAGCUGUUCCUGGACCCGCCCCCCUCCCAGCCCCGAGCUCGCUCCAGACGCCACCGCAGAGACACCCGACCCGAGCUGCUGGAUCUAGCGAUCAAGUUUGGGAAGGGAGAGUGGGUGGUUGGCUCGGUGCGGUACGAGAAUAAGAAUGAGUCGUCGCUCUACAUCAUCAUCCCUGCUGUCAUUGUGCCCAUGCUGAUGAUCAUCGCCAUCUCUCUCUACUGCUACAGGAGAAAGAGUCAGCAGGCAGAGAGGGAGUACGAGAAGGUGAAACACCAGCUCGAGAAUCUGGAGGAGAGUGUACGUGACCGCUGCAAGAAAGAAUUCACAGACUUGAUGAUCGAGAUGGAGGACCACACCAACGACCUGAGCGAGGGACGGAUACCCUUCCUGGACUACAAGACCUACACAGAACGUGUGUUCUUCCUGCCUUCCAAAGAUGGGGCCAAUGAUGUGAUGAUCACAGGGAAGCUCGACAUCCCACAGGCUCGAAGGGCCACGGUGACCCAGGCACUCAACCAGUUUUCCAACCUUCUGAACUCCAAGACCUUCCUCAUUAAUUUCAUCCGCACCCUGGAGCGCAGUCAUGACUUCAACGCCAGGGCCAAGGUGUACUUUGCCUCUCUGCUGACAGUGGCUCUGCAUGGCAAACUGGAAUACUACACCGACAUCAUGAGGACUCUGCUGCUGGAGCUGAUGGAGGAAUACGUCCACAGCAAGAAUCCCAAACUCAUGCUGCGCAGGUCAGAGACCGUGGUGGAAAGGAUGCUGUGUAACUGGAUGUCCAUCUGCCUUUAUCAGUUCUUGAAGGACUCUGCAGGCGAACCUUUGUACAAACUGUUCCGAGCCAUCAAGCACCAGAUCGAGAAAGGCCCUGUGGACGCCAGAGUGAAGAAAGCCAAGUACACCCUCAACGACACAGGCCUGUUGGGCGACGAUGUAGAGUACUCCGUCCUGACGUUGCAAGUCCUGGUGCACGGUGAAGGUCCAGACGUGACGCCCGUCAAGGUGCUGAGCUGUGACACCAUCUCGCAGGUGAAAGAGAAGAUCAUAGAGCAGGUGUACAGGAACCUGCCGUAUUCCCAGCGGCCCAAGGUCGACAGUGUCACGCUGGAGUGGCGCCCCGGCUCAACAGGGCAGAUUUUGUCAGACCUGGACUUGACUUCCCAAAAAGAGGGCAGGUGGAAGCGCUUCAACACUCUGGCACACUACAACGUGAGAGAUAACGCCACAUUAGUCCUGUCCAAAGUGCUCCACACUCAGCAGAACUAUUACCAGAACCAGGAGAACCACGAAGAGCGAAACGCUCUGCUGGAAGAUGACAAGGUGUUUCAUUUGGUGAGGCCGGCGUACGAGCUGGACGAGAUCAAAUCUAAACGAGGAAGCAUAAAGGACAAGUCGAUGACCAAAGCUAUUACAGAGAUCUAUCUUACGCGGCUCCUUUCUGUCAAGGGAACGCUGCAGCAGUUUGUGGACGACUUCUUCCGCAGCGUGCUAUGCUCCGGGGCAGUGGUGCCACCGGCUGUCAAAUAUUUCUUCGACUUCCUGGACGAGCAGGCGCUGAAACAUAACAAUGUGGACGAGGAGACCAUCCACAUUUGGAAGACUAAUAGCCUCCCUCUGCGUUUCUGGGUGAACAUCCUCAAGAAUCCCCACUUCAUCUUCGACGUCCACGUGACUGAGGUGGUGGACGCCUCGCUCUCCGUCGUCGCCCAGACCUUCAUGGACGCCUGCACCAAGAGCGAACACAAACUCAGCCGGGACUCUCCAAGUAACAAACUACUCUAUGCAAAGGAGAUCUCCACCUACAAGAAGAUGGUGGACGAUUAUUAUAAGGGAAUUAGGCAGAUGAUACCCGUCAGUGACCAGGACAUGAACACUCAUCUGGCUGAGGUGUCACGGACUCACACAGACAAACUGAACACACAGGUGGCUCUCCAUCAGCUUUACCAGUACGCCAGCAAAUACUAUGACGGGAUCAUCGCAUCUCUAGAAGAGGAUCCAGCUGCCCAGAGUAAACAGCUGACCCUGCGGUUCCAGCAGAUAGCGGCCGCCCUGGAAAACAAAGUGACUGAUCUCUAACCCCCCACUCAAGUGGAGGGAAGGCGGGAGGGAGGGGAAUAGUAGAAUACUGCCAGUGACUACAGGGGCUUAUUUCUUCUUUAAAAAAAAACAACAUUGAAAUAAGGAGAGGUGAGAAGGGACUCGUGUACUGUAGGUGUGUAUAUCGUACAACUUGGCCCGGGGACAACUUUCUGUACUGCGGAGUAACAGGGACUAAUGAAAAGCAGAUAAAGGGGAAGAAAAUGAUGGGUUACACUGUUAUAGGUACGCCUUAAAGCUAACUUGCCAAACCUUAAAGGUCUGCGCGCUCAUCCAUGCUUCACUGAAUAUUGCUCCCAUAAUGCAGUGCGGGAGACCUCUCUCUCUCUGAGAAGUAAGCCCCUUCGUGGAGCACUGGCACAGGAGAUAAUCAGAUGUUCAAUUUCUUUCUGUGUAGAAAAAAAGGUUUUAAGAAUUGUAUUAUAUAUUUUUUUUAAUCGUGCAGUCUUUAUGCGGAAAGCUUUAUAAGGAAAAAAAAUUAUCUUUUUAAAUGGAUCACAUUGUGGUGCGGAUAUGUUUUUAUUAGCCUGUGUGCGUAGAUGUCUGCGUGGAGUGCAACAUGUGAACAAGAGACUGGGUUGCUGAACGUGAGUGUGUGUUCGCAUGGAUUUUAAGUGUGUAAGUGUGUGGGAAUGCGUGUGCACACACAGGAUGCCUACUGUCAGGCGUGAGGGCGAAGGGACGCCUGCUUUCUGUCAUUUGAAUCCCCCGUACCCAGUGACACACUGGGACCUGUGCUCUGACCUCUCUGCGCUUUUUUGACAGAGACCAAAGGGUCCUCAUAAGGACACUGUACAUGGCUACAUUCAACAAUGACAGAGUCCUUAUGAGGACACUGGCUUUCAUAGGAGCCUGCACAUGAACUACAUGAACCAGUGCUCUAAUAAGGACACUGGUUCAUCCAGGAAUGGACACGCUCAUACGAAAGCCAGGUCACCAGUGGUUCCAGAAACACUCAAGUUAAACUCUUUGCUUUAGCUCAGAUUGAGCUUCAAACUGGACUCGCCAAUUUGUGCUUAUGGAAAUCAAUAACAGCACAGUCUGUCUCCCUUUAUUGUACAGUGCCAUGAUACAUUCCACUUCAACUAAAGCACACAGGGGAAGUUUUUUAUAGACAUUUCAUUCUAACGACCGUUUUCUUUGCUGUCAAACUUAUUUUUUGAAGUGUCAGCAAGAAGCAACUCACGUCACUCAUAUUAGUCCGGCAAUAAUUUCAGAAAAACCAUGAGCCACAUUCAACUGUUGCAUUAGCUUACUUAAUGUAUUCACAUACAGUGGUGAUUUUAGCAAUAUGUUACGUGAUUUUUCAAACUGAUUCCUGCAUUUGUUAGUGUUCACAAUUUUAGUGCCAUUUGUUUUUUUAGUAUUAUUACCCUGGUAAUGCUCCAAAUAGUCAUCAAGCAUUCUGCCUCUGAAGCUACAAAAGAGCCUGUUGCAUAUAAUAUUAAUAAUCCGCCAUCUGAGAUGCAGUUGGUACUUAAAUGGAACGUUUUUGAACAAAUCACGCUGGUUUUAGCCUUUGUAUGAUGUUGUCAGGGGAGGG